UGCGCCGCUCCCGCCCGGCGCCAUCGCGGCUGCUGCGGCCACCCCGGGCCGGCCAUGGCCACCGACUCGUGGGCCCUGGCUGUGGACGAGCAGGAGGCGGCGGCCGAGUCGCUGAGCACUUUACACCUGAAGGAUGAAAAAACCAAACCAGAUGCCAAUGGUGCUGUUGUCAAGGCAGAUGACAAUGUGGAGAAGACAGAGGAUGAGGAGAAGGAGGACAGAGCUGCCCAGUCCUUACUGAACAAGCUGAUCCGCAGUAACCUGGUUGACACCACAAAUCAGGUGGAGGUGCUGCAGAGGGACCCCACAUCACCCCUCUACUCUGUCAAGUCUUUCGAGGAGCUGCGCCUGAAACCACAGCUCCUGCAAGGAGUCUAUGCCAUGGGCUUCAACAGGCCUUCUAAGAUCCAAGAGAAUGCCCUGCCCAUGAUGCUUGCUGAACCCCCACAGAACCUCAUCGCACAGUCACAGUCUGGUACUGGCAAGACAGCUGCCUUCGUCCUGGCCAUGCUCAGCAGGGUUGAGCCUGGGAACAAGUAUCCACAGUGUUUGUGCCUUUCCCCCACAUACGAGCUGGCACUUCAAACAGGAAAAGUGAUUGAACAGAUGGGAAACUUCUACCCGGACCUGAAACUGGCGUACGCUGUCCGAGGCAACAAACUGGAGAGAGGGCAGAAGAUCUCGGAGCAGAUCGUGAUCGGCACACCCGGCACCGUGCUGGACUGGUGCUCCAAACUGAAAUUCAUAGAUCCCAAGAAGAUCAAGGUGUUCGUGUUGGAUGAGGCCGAUGUGAUGAUUGCCACGCAGGGCCACCAGGACCAGAGCAUCCGCAUUCAGAGAAUGCUCCCCAGGGACUGCCAGAUGCUCCUGUUUUCAGCCACUUUUGAGGAUUCUGUGUGGAAGUUUGCUCAGAAAGUUGUUCCUGACCCAAACAUUAUCAAACUGAAGCGUGAGGAGGAGACCCUGGACACCAUCAAGCAGUAUUAUGUUCUGUGCAAUAACAGAGAUGAGAAGUUCCGGGCUCUCUGUAACAUCUACGGCGCCAUCACCAUCGCCCAGGCCAUGAUCUUCUGCCAUACUCGGAAGACGGCGGGGUGGCUGGCGGCCGAGCUGUCCAGGGAGGGCCAUCAGGUGGCCUUGCUCAGCGGGGAGAUGAUGGUGGAGCAGAGAGCUGCCGUGAUCGAGCGCUUCCGAGAGGGCAAGGAGAAGGUGCUGGUGACCACAAAUGUCUGUGCCAGAGGGAUCGAUGUAGAGCAGGUCUCCGUUGUUAUCAAUUUCGACCUGCCUGUGGAUAAGGACGGAAAUCCAGACAACGAGACCUACCUGCACCGCAUCGGCCGCACCGGCCGCUUCGGCAAGCGGGGGCUGGCCAUCAACAUGGUGGACAGCAAGCACAGCAUGAACAUUCUCAACAGAAUCCAGGAGCAUUUCAACAAAAAGAUAAACAAAUUGGAUACUGAUGACUUGGAUGAAAUUGAGAAGAUAAAUAACUGAAAUAGCUGCUGGAACUGGCGUGUGCCCUACUGUGGAAGCUCUCCCACUACAAUUGGAUCAGCGUUUGGAUUGGCACAGCCUCUUGGCUCGUCCCAAAAAGGACUCUUCAAGAUAUUAGUACACAAAAAUUACCUCAUUUUCAAAAUUGCAGUUGGACUUCAAAUUGUGCAACUGUGGGGAGGAAGAGGAAAUGUUUACAGAAGCUUUUAACAUUUCUUAGUUUAGCCUUAAAAUGGGAUGAUCUUUGGAAUUCUGAGAAAUACACUUGCCGAAAGAGAGGCAAUAGAGAAUUAUCUAAAAUUUUAAACAAAAAAAAAAACAAACCCCAAAACAUUAUUGCCUUUAAUUGGAAUAAUAUGCAGCAUUAACCUGAUCAGUUUAAAUUCAACAGUUGAAUAUAUAAUGGACAUAGGGAAAGGA